AUGUCUGCUGUUCCUAAUGCGGUAAUACCGAACCCUGAUAACUUGUCUGUCCUGGCACCAGAAAAGCUUUCGGGAUUUGAGUGGUGGAGAAGAUCUCUACAAUAUCGAACUGGCAUGGGAUUGGAUCCCCAGGAAAAAGCCCAAUUCGAGUUCGACUACCAGCACAAGUAUCUUCCUCAGCAGUGCAACCUGUGCAUUGAGUUCCGGGACUGGAUGUUAACCUAUUCACCCUCGGUUACCUUCAUGAUGGACCAUAUAAAGAAGUUGAGUCCAAACAAAGAGCAGAUUCUCAACAAGUCCAACAUAAUUUGCGAUGUUUGUGACGACUUGAAAGGGGGUGGGUUCCAUCCGCAAGAAGGUAUUUUGCUAUGCGCUAACCGGAUCCAGAGCAAGUGGCAGUUAGAAGAUAUCUUGACCCAUGAGUUGGUUCAUGUCUAUGACCAUCUCAAGUUCCAGGUGAACUUAAACGACUUGAAGCACCAUGCUUGUACAGAGAUUAGAGCCUCUAUGCUUAGUGGAGAGUGUAGAAUCUUCAAUGAGAUCAAAAAGACGGGAUUGGGUGACUUUGGUAAGAAGUUCCAGCUGUGUAUCAAGCGUAGAGCUAUACUUUCUGUAAGUGCCAACCCUAUUUGCAAAGACAGUGAGGAGGCUGAGAAGGUUGUUAAUUCCGUGUGGCAGUCGUGUUUCAACGACACCAGACCUUUUGAGAGAGUCUACCGUUAG